GCUGCGCGGCGUAAACAGCCCGGCGGCAGCCCGGCACCGGGUACGGCCCGCCCGCCCCCGCCGCCCGGCCUCCCGCCGCUCCAGGACCGGGCCGGACCCCCGCCCGGUGCCGGGUGGAGCGGACGGGGAGAGGGAAGAUUGGCGGCCGGCGCCCGCUCUCGCAGCGCCCCGAGGGGUUGGCGCCGCAGCCCGGGGCCGGCGGCUGUAGGAAGCGCCCGGGGCCGGCCGCGGGGCGGUUUGCGGCUGGGGCGCCCUCGGCGCGGCUCCCCGGUAGGGCCGGUGCCAGCGGAGCCCGAGCAGCGGCAGGGGCCGGGCGGUGAAGAUGGCGACCCCGGGGACGGGCUGGCAGCAGCCGCAGCACAGCUACGGCGGCGGCUCCGCGCCCGGCGCGGGCAAACUCGGCUCCGGUUCGGCCCCGGCGGGGCUGGGUGCCGAGCACGGCCCGGACCUGCACUUCAAAAUGAGCAAGAAGAUCGCGCAGCUGACCAAGGUAAUAUAUGCUUUGAACACUAAAAAUGAUGAACAUGAAGCUGCUAUCCAAGCCCUUAAGGAUGCUCAUGAAGAAGAAAUUCAACAAAUUCUCGCAGAGACCAGAGAGAAGAUCUUGCAGUAUAAAAGUAAAGUUGCAGAAGAAAUGGAUCUCAAGAGAAAGAUCCAGGUUUUAGAAGAGUCACUGGAAGAUCAUAAAAAGAUGAAACAUCAGGCGCUGACAGAAUUUGAAGCCUAUAAGGAUAGAGUUGAAGAUAUGCAGCUUUGUGCAGAAGCUCAGCAUGUCCAACGUGUAGUGACCAUGUCAAGAGAAGUAGAAGAGAUCAGAAAGAAAUUUGAGGAAAGGCUACGAAGCUUCAUACAAUUGCAAGUGCAGUACGAGAAGGACAAGCGUACAGCUCUGGAAGACUUGAGAGCUGCCCACAGGCUUGAGAUUCAAGAACUUCUCAAGACUCAGCAGAGUCAGAAUGCUACUUUAAGUAAGGGGCAAGAAAAACUAGAGGAAUUGCAUAGACUGGAGCUGGAAGACUUGAACAGUAAAGUUGAAGAAUUAAGGCUGGAAAGAAAAAAACUCAUUGAGGACUAUGAAGGCAAACUCAGCAAAGCACAGUCCUUCUAUGAACAUGAACUUGAUUCUUUGAAAAGAUCUCAGCUUUUUACAGCAGAAAGCCUACAUGCUUGCAAAGAAAAAGAAGUGGAGCUAAGAAAAGAAUUUCAAAACCAGGAAAGUAUGUUACGGAAGAAUCUGGGCAAGCUUAAAACUGAAUUGCAAAUGGUUCAGGAUGAAGCUGCUAGUCUACGGGAAAAAUGCCAAAAACUUCAGGUGGCUCUUGGUACAGCAGAAAACAAUGUUCAGGUUCUUCAAAAACAGCUAGAUGAUGUGAAGGAGGAGGAGAUGUCAUUGUUAAGCAAACACAAAGAAGUGGAAAGUGAGCUGGCAGCUGCUAGGGAGCGCUUACAGCAGCAGGCCACUGAUCUUGUUCUCAAAGCCAGUCACAUUGGAAUGCUUCAAGCUACUCAAAUGACUCAAGAAGUUACAAUCAGAGAUUUGGAAUCAGAAAAGUCUAGAUUAAAGGAAAAACUAUCCCAGCUGGAAGAAGAAAGAAAUUUAUUACAAAGCAAAACACAGAGUCUGGAUGAGCGACAAAGGCAGCAAAUUCUGGCCUUGGAAAAGAAAGUAAAUGAAGCGAGGGAGACGCAACGUGAAUAUUAUGAGAAGGAGCUGGUAAAAUUGCAAGCAAGAUUAGAAGGAGAGGCUGCGCAGUUAAAGGAGGCUCAUUCCAAGACCUUAGAAGAAUUGGCAUGGAAGCACCACACUGCAAUUGAGGCUGCGCACAGUAAUGCUAAUAAGGAUAAGAAAAAACUGCAGAUGGAGUUGGAGCAGCAGUUUGAGAAGGAGAAACUGCAUUUAGAGGACGAUAAGAAUCAGCUCCGACAGCAGCUGGAAAACCUGAAGGAAGAGCUAACAACAAAACUGACUUCUGCCAAUCAGGAGGUGUCUCGUCUGCAAGACUUAGUACGAAAAAGUGAACAAGGCCUUGGUACUGCAGAAGGACAUAUCUCCAGUCUUCAGGAAGCUCAGGAAAUACUCCAGAAAGAACUAGAAUUAACUAGAGCAAGAUUGCGAGAGACCACAGAUUCAUUGUAUAGUGUUGAGGGAGAACUAGAUCAGGAGAGACAACAACACGAGGCAAUGAUUGCUGCCAUGAGAGAAGAGGAAAAAUUCAAAGUUGACAGAAUGGCUCGUGACUUGGAAAUAAAAUGGACAGAAAAUCUUCGGCAAGAGUGCAAUAAGCUUCGUGAAGAGUUGAGGCUGCAGCAUGAAGAGGAUAAGAAGGCAGCCAUGACUCAGCUGUUGCAGCUGAAAGAACGUGAAAAAAAUGCAGCAAGGGAUGGAUGGCAAAAAAAAGUUGAAGAUCUGUUAGACCAGAUCUCUUUACUGAAGCAGAAUCUGGAGAUGCAGCUUUCCCAGUCACAGAGCUCUUUGCAACAGCUACAAGCCCAGUUCAGUCAGGAGCGUCAGAGGCUGACUCAGGAGAUCCAGGAAUUAGAAGAGGAGCAUCAGCAAAGGCAUAAGUCACUUCAGGAAGCCCAUAUCCUUGCCUUUCAAAACAUGGAAGAAACAAAAGAGCAAGAACAAAAGGAAUUAGAAGAACGUUUACAACAGAAGCACUCUGAAGAACUUCAGGCGCUGAAAGAAACACAUAAACAAGCCAUGGAAGGUUUCAAAUUGGAGAUGGAACAGGAACUUCAGACUCUGCGAUUCGAGCUGGAGGAUGAAGGAAAAGCUAUGUUAGCUUCCUUGCGCUCGGAGUUAAAUCAUCAACAUGCAGCAGCAAUUGACCAGCUAAGGCACAACCAUCAACAAGAACUGGUAGCUGCCAAAAUGGAGCUUGAAAGAAGCAUAGAAGUCGGCAGGCGACAGGAGAAAGAAUUUUUAUGCCGAAUAUCAGAUCUGCAAGAUGAACUGAGACACCGAGACCAUCAUAUAGCUGAACUGGACAAAGAGAUUCUGCAUCUUCAUGAAAAUAUAAGUGCAUUGACCAAGGAAUUAGAGUUUAAAGGGAAAGAAGUUCUUAGGAUACGCAGUGAAUCCAACCAACAGAUCAGGAUGCAUGAGCAAGAUUUAAGCAAGAAACAUGAAAAAGAGCUGGAUGUCUUGACAGCAGAUCACAUCAGAGAGAAACAAAGCAUGCUGGCAGAUUUUAAUAAGACCCAAGAGCUGCUCAAGGAAAUUAAUUCAGCUUUACAAAUUUCUUUAGAAGAAAUGGAAGAAAAAUAUAAAAACAGAGAAUCAAGACCAGAAGACUUGCAACUUAUUUCAGAACUGAAAGACCUAAUUGCAGAGCGGGACCAACUCAUAAAGAAACUGAUUGAGGACAAAAAGUUCUAUCAGCUGGAGCUAGUUAACAGGGAGACUAACUACAACAAAAUGUUUAAUGCAAGCCCUAAUGUUGGUGUUAUUAAUCCAUUGGUGAAGCAAAAGAAGAAGAACGAUAAAUCCACAAACAGGUUUGUGAGUGUCCCCAAUCUAAGUGCUCUGGAAUCUAGCGGAGUGGUGGGCAAUGGACAUCCCAACCGCCUGGACCCCAUUCCUAACUCACCCAUCCACGAUAUUGAGUUCAACAGCAGCAAACCACUACCACAGCCAGUGCCACCCAAAGAGCCCAAGACGUUUUUGAGCCCUCCUCAGACUGAUGCUUCACCAGUGGCUUCACCAGAUCCACAACGCCAGGAAUGGUUUGCCCGAUACUUCACGUUCUGAGAGAUGAUUUGUCUUUGUGGCACAGCGUGAUGUGGACUGUUUAUAGGAGCAUGACCUUAAGUAAACCCUCAUGUGAACAAGCUUUCCUGUAAUUUGUCAAACACUGUGAAUGAGAAAGUAUUUGUCUCUCUGAUUUGAAACUGCACUGUAUUUCAUGUUAUAUUUGUUGGAAUCACUUGACAUGGUACUAAUAUAAUGUGUGUAAUUAUAAUUAUUAUUUUUAUUUAAAAUGGAAGAAUCUUUAAACUUUGUAAUUACUACAUAAUAAAUUUUGGUAGAACAAACAUAAUGCUUUCCCCCUUUUUCCUAUAAAUGUGUUUUCUUUGAUUUCAGAUAAGGCUUCUCCUCCAAAAAUAACGUAAUUGCAUGGUUACUAUAAAUAAAAUUUAAACUGUAGAAAGAAAAAGUAUAUAUAUUUCACUUUCUCUCCAAUUUGGCCAGGAUAUGUUUAAUGCAUCCCAGUUCUAUUUAUGUUACUUUGUAGUUUAAAAACUUUUCUUUCUAACAAUUAAAAGGAAGAAGGUGAAGUCAAUCAAAACCGGUGUAGCUGCCAGCCUUCAGAGCAGAGUGAUUUUUGACAAGAGGAUGAAAAAAGCCACAAAUGAGGAGCUGUUCACUGGGGAGGGGGGUUGACUCCUUACUUGUUCCUCAUGAGACUUUGCCAUCUAGUUAUAAUCAAAUAUUUUAUCAAGGGAUUUAAGCAGAAACUGUUCCCACAAGUUAUGUAUUUCUUUUAUGAAUAUUAACAAAAACAAAUGUUCAAAACAUUUAGAACACUAUACCAAGUACCUCUACAUAAAUCAAUAAUCUACAUUUUGAGCAUAUAGUCCUGCUUUGGAUAAAAUUCAUGUCUGAAAUGAAAAAAACCACCAUCAACCACCCAACUUUUUCCCAUUUAUACAUACUACAGAUACAGAUCAUUCAUUAAAACUUAAUUACCUUCCCUUGUCUACAUUAACAUUUUUUUCUUCUUCUGAAAGCGAUACCUGAGAAUGUUUUUUCAGCCAGUGAGCAUAAUUCUCCAUCUACACCUUUUCUGAUGCCAGUGUUGCUCGAGAAGUUUGCUGCAGCAUAUAGAAAACUAAAGCUUGUUGUCCUUUUUAUAUUUUUUCAUUCAAAGAUUACCACAAAGUAACUCACACUGGUAGUCUCAGGGAGAAAAUUGUCUCUUUGUUUUAUGAAUGUAUUUUUAAGCUGAAUCUCUUAUCUUUUAAAAGCAGGAAAAAAAUGUUAAAAGAGUUAUUUGAAUAAGGUUUUAGUUAGCAUAUACAAAGGUCCUGAACUUUAAUAUUUCAUCCGAAGCCCUAACUACAUCCUUUUUUCGCUAUAUGCACAAAGGUAAAUACCCAGAUGAAUAUACUUGCUAAUUACAAGUUUUAUAUGUAGCAUAUGUAUAAAUGAAAAAUUUGUAUGUUUUCAUAUAAACAAUACAAAAUCUUCUAAAUGAACAUUUUAAAACUUCUAUCUUAUAAUUCAGCUUGAAAACUCCACUGAAAGCUGUAUUCUUGUGAUGCUGCCAUGGAUUAAAGAUGUACACAGCAGAUUUUCUGUAGCUGGUGGACUCAACUGUAGGUAUAUGCAACUUUUUAAUUUUAGAAGAAAGCCAUAUUGG